CGCGAGCGACUCCUCGCGAGUCCUUCAGCUCCCCUCGGUAAUGAUCGGCUUCAAAAUUUAGUUACUGCUAUGGAAAGAAAGCCCGAUUAGUAUUCCCACCCAUUGGUUCACCCUCCAUCACGAAUGCGCAGAGCAAUUUCAACAAAGCUCGUCUCCCGGUGAGCUUUUGUCGAUGGGACAGGUGCUCAAGAAAGUGAAAGAAAACGGCGAAGGUAACGAAGAUGAUCACACUGAAGGUUUUCCAGAUCUUGCUAGAUGGCCACCAGAGCUGAGCCUUGCCGUGCUGUCACACUUGAACGCUACAGACCUCUGCUUAGCGGCAUGCGUGUGGACCCACCUUGCACAAGAUGAAGUUCUCUGGCACAGUUUGUGCAUCAGCCAGUGGGGCUAUGCCAGCAUCUAUGGGAUGCCCAAGGAGCCUGGCUUCUCUUAUCGGCGGCUCUACUUGCAGCUCGAUGAGGGAACCAUCACAUUCAACGCAGACGCAGAGCUGGGAAUGCAGUACUUCAUUUCUCAACGGCUCGUGAAAGAUGUCCCCAUUGAAAUUGCCAGGUUCCUGCACAAUACCAAGCGGCUGAACUCUCGCCAAACACGGCUGUAUUUGGAGUCAAGACGGCAGGUGCUGGAUCACCUGGUGGAGCUCCAGAACUUUGAGAACCAGCACUUGCCAGAGGCACUGCGACGCUUCUUCCAAAGUCUGCAGGCACCCAACACCCAGAACAGCUACCUCAGGGCCCUGCUGGAGAAAUUCUCUCUGCGAUUCUGCAAGUGCAACCCUCACUUGGGCCUGAGCUCGGACAUGGUGUACAUCCUGUGCUUCUCACUCAUCAUGCUCUCAGUCGACCUGAGCAGUCCCCACAUCAAGAACAAGAUGUCCAAGCGCGAAUUCAUUCGAAAUGUUCGUCAGGCUGUGCACCGCACUGAUGACGAGUUUUACGGGCACCUGUAUGAUGACAUCUACCUGCGUGGACACGUUGCCCCAAACUCCGAGGACUGAAGGCCGUCCAGUCACAAAAAUUGUUCAGUUAUCUCCUGCCUCCACCCCCCUCUCCUCAAUCCCAUCAUACGUCUUGAAAUUCACCUGCGGUCUCAUCAGUCUUACUGUCUUUAUUUCGCAGUCUUGCCUUGGCUGUGUUUGUGGUUGUGACGCAUACCAGUAGGAUCGUCUCAUAUUGUUUUUCGAUAGCUGUGCAAAGGCCACCUUUAGGUUGAGCGUGACUUUAGUGCAUGUCACUGUUUUGGUCUCAUCAGGUAGAGCAGGUUUGUUUCUCGACCCACUGGCCAAGAUCAAAGUGUCGUGUCAACUUGUAGUUCGACUGACACCACCUAAUUAGCGCUUUUUUUUUCCUGCUCAGUACUCGCACAAAAUGCUCUGCGACUGAAACUAAUGCCAACCACGUGCUUGCAUCAAGCAUUGUUAUGCGAACAUUCACGUAACAUACUAACAUCUCCUGAAACCAUGUUAGUAGUCACAACUUGCAUUGCUCACCACAAGUACUUGCUCAGGUUCUACUAGCAGAGCACCUGCCAAAAAGGAGCAUGUUAGGUUUUAAUAAGGUGGUUUAGUGUGGCUGCACAAGGGAGUGUGGGCCAGCUGUGGACAAAUGUAAUAUAUCAGCUAGACACUACCCUUUAUUUACAAGUGCAGACGUGCUUUUAAUAAGAUAAUGGCCCCGGACUACUAUAAUGCUAAGACAUCAGCAGUGUAUGUAACUUACAGCAACUUUGUGGCCCACUAUGAGCUGCCAUAUUUUCUUCUAAAUCUUGCUUAUUUGCCACGUGGCAGUUGAAGUGGGGCGUGCUUUUGCAGAUUGUGCAUGAAAGAGCUAGUCAUACAGCUGUAGUGAACUGAACUUGCUAGUCUAGAGCAGGUGCAUCUAUUAUUUAUUGGACAUUGUUCUCUCGCAUGAAUAAAACUUGUUCAUUGGACAUAU